AUGGAUUUUAAACAUCUGAGUGAGUAUCGUCUUUUAUAUAAUGUGUCGGCCAGCGACCCAGAUUGCGGUGUUAAUGCAAUGGUCAAUUAUACGCUAGGCGAUGGUAUCAAACAGCUCGCCGAAUUCGAGGUACGCUCUGCGACGGGUGAAAUAUGCAUAGCUAGUGAGUUGGACUACGAAAAGCGUAACUCGUAUGAGUUUCCGGUGAUAGCAACCGAUAGAGGUGGCUUGAGCACCAUAGCGCGCAUCAAGAUCCAGCUCACCGAUGUCAAUGAUAAUCGCCCGGUUUUCUAUCCGCGCGAGUACAAUGUGUCAUUGCGCGAAACGGCUAGCGCCAGCGCUGCGACCGCACCCAUUGUUGCAGUCGUUGCCACCGAUGCCGAUGCGGGCCGUUUCGGCGCGGUGACCUAUCGCAUUGUAGCCGGCAAUGAUGCGGGCAUAUUUCGCAUUGAUCGCACGAAUGGUGAAAUUUUCAUCAAUCGCCCGAAUAUGUUGUCGGUGCGCACGCAGCCGGUGCAUGUGUUGAAUAUAAGCGCCAGUGAUGGUGGCGGCAUGCGCAGCUCGUCGGAUGCAUUGGUCUUUUUGAGCAUCAUUGAUGCUACACAGCGGCCGCCGAUCUUCGAGAAACCGCGCUACAGUUAUCAUGUGAAAGAGGAUGUGCCGGGUGGCACAGUAGUUGGUUCGGUGAUGGCCACCAGCAGCGAUGCAGUCAAUCGUAAUGGCGUUCGUUAUUCAAUAUAUUCGGGCGACCCAGAAGGUUACUUCAGCAUUGACGCCAUAACGGGCAAUAUACGUAUAGUUAAUCCUCUAGAUCAUGAAACGAAACCACAAAUUUUACUUAACAUACAAGCAACGAGCGGUGAUCCACCAGCUUACGGGCAUACUCAGGUCAAUAUCGAUAUCGAGGACGUCAAUGAUAAUGCACCAGAAUUCGAAACGAACUUGGUACGCAUUUCCGUUCCGGAAAAUGCCGAUCUCGACACAGCACUCUAUGCAGCGCAUGCGCACGACAAAGACUCUGGCAAAAGUGGUGAAAUCACCUAUACGCUGCAUAUGAUUUCUGCCGAUCAAUAUCAAUCAGCCGAACAACAGCAACAACAAUAUCUCGGUAAUACAAGCAAUGCCGUACAAAUGGCUCGUCCAACGUUAAACACUUUUGCUGGUUCACCAACGGGAGCGUUGGCAAUACGCAAUCGUCUGGUGGCCACAGGUACCACCGCAUAUGCUGCUGGUAUUGCCACGCUCAACAACGCGCAUAUGGCUGCCGCGACGACGGGCAUCUCCGCUGGCGUGAACCGUAUGACCACUGUAGUUGCCGAGCAGAAUGUUUUCGCAAUCGAUGCACGCUCGGGCCACCUAACGCUGUCACGACACCUGGACUACGAGACGGCACAACGGCAUGCACUUAUAGUGACGGCUACGGACGGCGGUGAGCCACCCUUAUCGUCCAACCUCACCAUACUGGUGGAGGUGCAGGAUGUCAACGAUAAUCCGCCGAUGUUCGAGCGCAACGACUACUCAGUGAAGGUGUUGGAAUCAUUGCCGAUUAAUUCACAGAUCCUGCAAGUGACAGCCAUCGAUCUGGACACCGGCAACAAUGCGCGCAUCACCUACCGCUUGGUGAGCAGUGCUAACAGCACGGUGACACUCAAUGCUGGUGGCAAACUGGCAACACCGACUUUGCUACACCCCAGUGGCGCUACCAAGCAAACACUUUCGGCCGCCGACGCCGAGUUGGCGCAACUGUUUGGCAUCUUUCCGAACAGCGGUUGGUUGUAUUUACGCGGCACCUUGGACCGUGAAUCACGCGACCGCUACGAGCUCACUAUUAUGGCCAGCGAUAAUGGCACACCGGCUGCACAUGCACGCGCACGUGUCAUCGUCGAGGUGUUGGAUGCCAACGACAAUGAUCCACACUUCCUGAGCGCGGCGUAUGAGUUUGUAAUCGAGGAGAAUAUGCGACGUGGCGCGCUGGUUGGUGUAGUGGGCGCCACUGACCUGGAUGUUGGCGAGAAUGCGGAGAUACGCUACAGCUUGAUACCGUCCAAUACGAGUUUCCAAGUGAACGCCAUAACAGGCGAGAUCACCACCCGCGAACCGCUCGAUCGCGAAUUGCGCGCCGUCUACGAUCUGGUGGCGGAGGCACGCGAUCAGGGUACCCCCUACCGCAGUGCGCGCAUUCCCAUCAAAGUGCACAUCACCGAUGUCAACGACAAUGCGCCGGACAUUGUUGAUCCGCAAGAGGAUGUGGUCAGCGUACGCGAAGAGCAGCCGCCCGGUACUGAGGUGGUGCGCAUUCGUGCCGUCGAUCGUGAUAACGGCCAGAAUGCAUCGAUCACCUACUCGAUAUUGAAAGGUCGUGAUUCGGACGGUUACGGCCUGUUCAACAUUGAUGCAGUAACGGGUGUAAUUCGCACACGAGUCGUGCUGGAUCAUGAGGAUCGAAGUAUUUAUCGUUUGGCAGUAGCGGCCACGGACGGUGGCAAUCCACCCAAGCAGUCGAUACGUUUGUUGCGCGUUGAGGUGUUGGAUUUGAAUGACAAUCGACCGACGUUCACCAGUUCCAGCUUAGCGUUUCGGGUUCCCGAAGAUGUGCCAGUGGGCUUUGUGGUUGGUUCUGUGAGUCCCAACGAACGCAUCGAUCAACAGAAUUUGAUCGACGGCAACAGCGAUCUUUUCGUCACGUACACACUCACGUCAUUGGUGAAGGAUGUCAUCGAAGGCGCAUUCGAUAUUGAUCGACAUACGGGUUCAUUGGUAGUUGCGCGUCAGCUGGAUCGCGAAGUCCAGUCAGAAUUUCGGCUUGAAAUACGAGCUUUGGACACCAGCGCUAGCAACAAUCCACAAAGUAGUGCUAUUACGGUGAAGGUAGAAAUCGCCGAUGUGAACGAUAAUCCACCAAGAUGGUUGAACGACCCUAUCGAAUUAAAAGUUAGUGAAGCCACCGAUGUCGGGGCCGUAAUCCACAAUUUUAGCGCAGCAGAUGCUGAUACAGGCAGCAACAGCAAUCUGCAAUAUAAAUUGCUCAGUUAUGCACCAGUGAGUAGCAUUGCUGGCAGUGAAAUUUCCAACGAACAAACAUCGACUGAACGCAAGGAGGCAGAACCGAUUUUUAGUGUCGAUGCAUUGACGGGCGCAUUGACGCUACUUGCACCACUUGACUACGAGUCCACGCAACAAUAUACACUCAUUGUUGAGGCUAUGGAUCAAUCUUCAAAUGUAAGCUCGCGUCUACGCACCAAAGUAACUACCAUUUUGUUGGUGACAGAUGUCAAUGACAAUGCACCACAAUUUGUGUCGCCUGUAGCCAGCAGCGCUACAGUCGCCGAUCAACGGUUUCACACUCCACCCGUCGCCACCGUACGCGUCAGUGAUGCGCUACGCAUUGGCGAGGCUGUCGCGCAUAUUGUGGCGAUCGACAAAGAUGCCGGCGCAAAUGGCGAGAUCACUUACGCCAUUGUGAGUGGCAACGAGGCGGGACACUUUCGCUUGAACUCGCAAACAGGAUACAUGGAGUUAGCUAAGCAACUGCCGCCAACAGCAACAAGUGGUGUUGGUGAUAUGAUUGAGUCAGGCAACGCUCAAAGAAAUCGCUACAACUUGGUGGUUAGUGCUAGUGAUCACGGCACACCAACGGCACGCCAGUCGCAAUUGAAGCUACAGAUAUUGGUACAAGGAACCAACAGUAAUCCACCACGUUUUCAUCAAUCCGUCUACUACGCAAAUAUAUCGGAAAGCGCAGCCCCUGGCACGUUUGUGCUGCAGGUAGCGGCGAAGUCCUUUAAUGGCGGGGACAGCGGCAAUCUCAGCUACGAGAUACCAACAGGUGUCGCCGAUAAUCAUUUCCACGUUGAUCGGCAGCGCGGCAUUGUCACCACACGCGGACAAUUUGAUCGCGAAACAAAAGCGCGCUACACGAUACCGAUCUACGUAUAUGACACCAAUAAUAUCGCCACCACGGCGGCGGCUACCUCAGCGGCAAGUACAACAACGAUGAUUGGUACGCUAACAAGCGCAGGCACGACGGCAACCUCACCAUUGGCAGCGACAGCUGCGGCAUCAAGUGGACAAUUUGAUAUUGCGACAAUAAUCGUCACAAUCAGCGACGUUAAUGAUCAUGCGCCGGAGUUUCGUCCCGGCGCUUGCUAUGCGCUGUCCGUGCCGGAAAACAACGAGUUCUCGGUCAUCCACACGGUGGUGGCCACCGAUCUCGAUGAGGGCGCAAAUGGCGAGAUCUUCUACAGCAUUGUUGGUGGCAAUAUCGGUAAUAAGUUCAGCAUCGAUGUGCAAACUGGUGAGUUGACAGCGCGUUGUCUCGAUCGCGAACAGCACUCGCGUUACCUGCUACAGAUCCAGGCUCAAGAUCGCGGCACGCCCAACACUUACCAGGGUCACUGCAACAUCACGGUUGUUGUUGAGGAUCAUAAUGACAACGAUCCGCGCUUCGAACAGACAAAAUAUGUGGCGAAUAUAGCCGAGAGUGCGGCUGUCGGCGCAAGCGUGUUGCGCGUCAAGGCGACGGACGCCGAUUUGGGUAUCAAUGCGCGUUUGGUCUACUCGCUGGCUAAUGAGACACAAUGGUUAUUUGCGAUUGACAGCAAAACAGGCAUCAUCACGACAGUGGGCCCGCUGGACCGCGAACGCCAGAGUGUGUACAACUUUUUGGUGGUCGCCACCGAUGGUGGUCGCUAUAGCGCUCGUUCCGCACAAGUGCCUAUACAAAUCGUGGUCGACGAUGUAAACGACAAUCGGCCGGUAUUCGAGCGUUACCCCUUUCGGGCACAAGUGCCCGCGCUCAUACAACCCGGCCAAAUGCUAUUGCAAGUCAGCGCCACCGACGUCGAUGCCGGCAUCAACGGUGAAAUACUCUACUCACUUGGCAACAAUGCCGAUGCGGCGACACGCAAUAAAUUCCGCAUUAAUCCCAGUACUGGCGUGGUGAGCGCCACACAGAGCUUGGCAAGCGAGUCGGGCCGCCUUCUACACAUUGAAGUGGUGGCACGCGACAAAGGUAACCCGGCGCGUACGUCACUUGGCCUUAUAGAGCUGCGCGUAGGUGACAUGGCUGCCGGAGCUCCAGUGUUGCGUUUUCAAAAUGACACUUACCGCUUGAAAUUGCGUGAAAAUACGGCUGCGGGUAUGCGUGUGCUGCAAGUGUCGGCGGUGCGUAGCGAUGGACGGCGACAGCAGAUUUACUAUUCCAUUGGCGCGGGUAAUGAAGAUGGUGCAUUCAACAUAGACGCCACCACCGGCGAGAUAAAAGUUGGCAAUGCUGCGUACCUGGACUACGACCGUUUUGUGGACACAACAUACGACGCGGUUGCCACAGGUGCAGGCGGUACAUAUCGGGGACGCGCCAUGUUCUAUGAUGGCGAAGAGCAGUUGAGCGCAAACUUAGAGAAUUUAACCAACAUUAUGGACGAAGAGCAGAUAAUAGAUAGCCAACAGUUGAAUCGCAAUCAACGUGAACUGAAAAUGUUGGGCAACAAUGAAAAUAUGCAAUAUACCGCCAGCGCCGUGCAACUUCAUGAAUUACGCUUGGUGCUAGUUGCACGCACCGAUGCCACACCACACCUAUAUGCCUAUGCAGAGUUAAUCAUCGAACUGGAAGACGAAAACGACAAUAGUCCGCAUUUCUCGCAAACGCAGUAUAGCAAAUCGGUGUGGGAGGGCAACAACAAGGGUACAUUUGUGGUGCAGGUGCAGGCAUUUGAUGCGGACGCUGGCGCAAAUGCGCGCAUUCUCUACCACAUCGUCGAUGGCAAUCACGAUAAUGCGUUCGUCAUUGAGCCCGCCUUUAGUGGCAUUGUAAAGACGAAUAUAGUGUUGGAUCGCGAAAUCCGUGACAUGUACAAGCUAAAGGUGAUCGCGACGGACGAAGGGGUGCCACAAAUGACGGGCACGGCAACGAUACGCGUACACAUUGUGGACGUAAACGACAAUCAACCGACUUUUCCGCCACACAGUGUGAUUAGCGUGAGCGAAGGUAUCGAAUUGGGUACAGUCAUCACUACAGUUUCAGCAAACGACGUCGAUACUUACCCGGCGCUUACUUAUCGCUUCGGCGGCGAUCUGCCUGAUACCCAGGAAUUUAUGAGCAAACCGCUGUUCGCAAUCGACCGCAAUAGCGGGAAGGUGACACUCAGACGCCAUCUCGAUUAUGAGGAUCAGCAGGAGCAUCAAUUGGAAAUCAUCGCCUCGGACGCGGCGCAUGAGGUGCGCACUACGCUGACGGUACGCGUUAGUGAUGAGAAUGACAACGCACCCAUAUUCGAUGCGCAACUACCGCCCGCUUAUGCGGCCACGCUGCCCGAUCAACAAGUGAUCAGUACAGCCGCAGCUGCUGCAGACAUUGAGCUGGUUAUGGUCAAUGCCACAGACGCCGACGCUGAAGGUCGCAAUUCCGAGAUACAUUACAAUAUUAACCCACCCCUGCGUGGUUUCAGCGUCAACGAACAAACUGGUGCAGUGUUUGUAAAUAUGACACGGCUCGGAGCUGUUGCUACCGAUCUUUAUGUGAUGAUCACCGCGCAGGAUGGCGGCGUUAUACCAUUGAAAAGUUCAACGGUUUUACGAGUGCGCGCCAGUAAGGGCAACAGUGGGCGCGUACAAUUUUUACAGACCCAAUAUCGCGCACAAAUCAAUGAAGCUGCGCCACUUGGUACGGUAGUACUGCGCCUUGGUCAAGACGUACUGAACGCACAUGCUGACCGCGCUGCUGGUUCGCUGCUGUUCAAAAUAGUCUCCGGAAAUGAGGAUGCCACUUUCGAAGUUUAUCAGUCGAGUGCUAUUAUACUUGUGAAACCACUUGAUCGCGAACGUAGCGACAUCUAUAAGUUGCGCUUGGUGGUUAGUGAUGCGCAUGCGUCGUCGCAGCAACUUCUGGCGCAAGCAGCAGACAACUCGAGCACAGCAAUAAAUAUAUUUGUCACAGUGGAGGAUGCCAAUGACAAUGCACCGAAGUUCGCCACUGACGGUAAGUACGAGGCUGAGGUGAGCGAACUUGCUCCACUUCGUUAUUCCAUCGCAAGGCUUGUCGCCACCGAUGUUGACUUAGAGAAUACGCCUAACUCGGAAGUGGUGUACGAUAUAACGUCUGGCAAUGACGAGGGCAUGUUCACCAUCGACCUCGUGUCCGGUGUGUUGUUCGUGAACAACAAAUUAGACUUUGACACUGGCGAAAUGAGCUAUGCGUUGGUGAUACGUGCCUGCGACAGCGCACCCGAGCCGCUAUGCAGCUUGCAACCGUUUCGUUUAACGUUGCGCGAUGAAAACGAUAACGUGCCGCGUUUUCCAGUCACUGAGUAUGUCGAGUUUGUGGGUGAAAAUGAGCCAGUCGGCACUAGCGUGUUUACAGCUCGUGCAACCGACUUAGAUCGCGGCGCUUACGGCCGCCUCAACUAUAGCGUCGAUCACGAGGCUGCGGGGUCGGACGAUGUCUCUUGGAAGCUAUUCCGCGUCGACCCGCACACAGGCAUUGUCACCUCGAAUGCGGUGUUUGACUAUGAGCAGCGACAUCGCUACGACUUUGUGUUGCGCGCCACAGAUAGCGGUAGCAAGUCGGCACGGGUUAAAGUUCGCAUUGAAAUCGAAUCGAAAGACGAAUUCGCACCACAAUUCACGGAGCGCACCUAUCGCUUUGUGAUGCCAUCGCCGUCGACCGGCUACCUGCCGUUGGGCUAUAUUGUGGGCCAAGUGACGGCGACCGAUCGCGAUAAGGGACCUGAUGGACGUAUUGUUUACCAAUUAAGUUCUCAGCAUGCCUACUUCAAGGUGAACCGCACGAAUGGCGCGGUGGUGAUCAAAAAGAAGGUCGACGACAAUUUCGAUGAUGGACGUGAUAUCAGCCUGGUGAUUGCCGCAAGCUCGGGCAGACAAGGCUCUCUAACCAACAUGACUGUUGUAGAAAUCUCCUUGGAUCCGCUAGCCAGUAUCGGUACAAAUUUAGCAAGCAAUGGCGGUGCAAGUGGUAGCAGUGGUGUUGCAGAUUGGCUGGUAGGGCUAAUAGUUGCAGUAUUAUUGGUGCUUUGUGCGAUUGCGGGCAUUUUUCUUUUUGUACGUAUGCGUAGUCGCAAACCACGAAAUGUGACAAAACCACAUUUAAGUACAGAGACUGUAGGUGCAUCUAAUAGCUACGUCGAUCCCAGUGUCUUCGAUACGAUACCCAUUAGAGGUGGCGUAAAUUCUGGCCUGGCUGGCAGCAGUGGAAAUACUGGUGUAGCCUCAUCGGCUGCUGGACAAUUCGCGCCACCUAAAUAUGAUGAGAUACCGCCAUAUGGUGCACAUGCGGCGAGUUCCAACUCAGGCGCUGCAACGACUUCGGAACUGUCGGGAUCCGAGCAAUCAGGUUCGAGUGGACGGGGUUCCGCCGAGGAUGAUGGCGAAGAUGAAGAAAUAAGGAUGAUCAACGAAGGUCCCCUUCAUCAUCGCAACGGUGCGGGCGGUGUGAACGGCGAGGAUGGACGCAUGUCCGACAUUUCAGUGCAGAAUACACAGGAGUACUUAGCACGUCUAGGCAUUGUAGACCGUGAAACCAAUGCCACGGGUGCUGCUUCAACUUCUUCUCAUCGUUGCUCCGACGGCAUCGGUGGUUCACAAAAAGAAACACAUCUCCAUCAUCCACUGCAGAUGCAUAUGUACGAUGAAGAUCCCGCCGCUCAAACAGACAUUACCAAUCUUAUCUAUGCCAAACUGAAUGAUGUGGCUGGCGCCGCAUCGGAUCAUGCAAGUAGCACAGAUGAAGCUGCCACCACAGCCGGAAGUGUGGGAGUGGCUGUCGAUCGCGUCAUAAACUUUACAAACGUACCCGUUGGCCAUGUGCCGAAUGUCGGACAUCCCGCAAAUGUUGGUCCACCAAUGAACGGUUCACUCAGCUCUAUUGUACACAGUGAGGAAGAGCUCACCGGCAGCUACAAUUGGGACUAUCUGCUCGACUGGGGGCCACAAUAUCAACCGUUGGCACACGUAUUCUCUGAAAUCGCACGGCUCAAAGAUGACAACAUGUCUGUGCAUAGCGGCAAUAGCGGUGCUUCCUCCAGCGCUAAAAGCAAACAGUCGCAAGCGCAUUCCAUCGGUACCGUAAAGACACACAUACCACCACCACUACUCACAAAUGUAGCGCCGCGCGCCAUCAAUAUGGCAGUGUUAUCAGGCACUGGCGUGGGCGUACGAUUGCCGCAAGCUGCGCAGCAUCACAUAGCCACCACAUCAUUAGGCGGUCCAACGACGGGUGGUGGUCAAGUGAAUGCCAGCGGUCAGUACAUGGCGCCACGUUCGCCCAUCAGUCACGAUACACCAGGUGGCUUCAGUACUUCAACUGCUAUGUCGCCAUCGUUUUCGCCAUCACUCUCACCCCUAGCCACACGCUCACCAUCGAUAUCACCGCUCGGCGGUGUGACGACCGGCCAUCAUUUGGUGUCGCUGCCACGGCAUGCGCCACAACCAACGCAGCGCGGUAAGAACGCAAUGCUGGUGGAACAGGAAAUGCGCGUGCGAAUGUGAUGAAAGACGUCGAACCCGCUGGGGGCUUGAAUUCCAGUUAAAAACGUUUAAACUUAGAAAACUACAAAGUGAUCAUUAGUUCUGUAGGCUGAACUUUAAACGAUAUUUGUAAGUGUAUAAAUAAAAGUUAAUUACAUUAAGUAGGCACGAUUCCAAUACCAUUUCCGUUGUAUAAGAAUGCAAAUCAAGGAACAAAAAAGCAAAGAACGAAUUAGUUAAACAAAGAGUACUUUGGAGUUUGGUGAGUUAACGGUGUGUAUCAAAAUAUGUCUCGCUUUUUUAUUGUGCUGAUAUUUCGAACUGACCUACUAGUAUACUCACCACUCUCGGCUGUGGUAUUAAACAUGUUAGCCUUAAUUUGCAUGUAAAUUUAUUCCUUAAGCACUUGUACAGCUUAGUUAGUUAACACAUUUAGUCUAAUAAUAAUAUGUUACCAGUUUGCCAUUAUGUUUUAAGUGGUUAAGUUUACUCACUCAUUUCAAUGUGAUCCCCACACAAUCGCUCUUCACAAAUACCCACCACACGACACAUUCAUUUGUACUAUACGCCCACCAGAAAUUUCAUGAACACAUUCAUACUCUAACAAAUUAGUUGUAAAAAAGUUGUAAUACUCACGCACAGGCACAUAUACAUAUAAUUGUAAUUGUUUAAGUCACCCCCAACAACACACAAAUUGAGAAACUAGGAAUUUUAUUUCGUGUUCUUCACAGUAUCGCCUAGAAAUUUGUAAAUAAUUAUGAAAUAAAGACUACAAAGCCAACAAAGACUCUUUAUAGAAUUGUAAUGCUUAGUUGAAGUAACGCCAGCACAAAAAACCUUAACAAAUUAACAACAAACAACACAAAAAGCCAUAAAAU